UUAUUUUUUCGCAACUGUAUUAAAAAACCUCGUUCGAUACACGUGCGGAAAUGUCAUUCUUACUAAGUCUAAGUAAUGACAUACUUUCCGCAAUAGCAUCGAAAUGUACUAUUUUUAAGUGAACCCUAAAAAACGAAAUAUAUAAUGCUGAAACGAUAGUCAUCAAAAUCUAAGUGAUUUAUUAAGAUUUAGUUAACGUUUUCUCCCAAAAUGGAAUUUCAUAGAAAAAUUACCGUGACUUCGUUAGAUUCAAAACGCUAUUCUUUCCGGUUUAAGUCCCCAAUAUAAACUACCCAAAAUAAAAUUCGAUUCGCAGCGCGCCAUCGCCAUAUGUAAAUUCGCAACUGUACGAGAUAUAUUAGCAAUGAUGCUUUGAUUACUUAUCGACUAACAAUAAACUAUUUGACCUUGCUUUUUAAAGGCAAUUUUUCCUCGGUCUUGUUAAGUCUAAGCACGCAAGGGAUAUACAAUCUUUCUCUAAUAGGUUACGGAAUAUUUUAUUAAGUACCUUUCUAGCAGAGGUACGAGUUUAGGUAGUAGGUACAUACCUACCUAUUAUAGUAUUUUAUGCAACAGUUGUAUAAGAAGGGUCAAAAAAGGCGAGUGGCGUGAGUUACAAUGUGAGCCGUGAAUGUGUGGCGUGAGUUACUUAUACAACGUUGCAUACAAUAUUUUUCCUACGAGUCAACAAAAAUAAAUCUUAAUUUAGGUAAACAAAUUACAGCAAAAGUAUAUAGCCAAGACGCGCGAGCAUACCUUGUUACGCGCCCGGCCCGCCCCGGGCCGCGGCCGGCCGGUCAGCGACACCUCGUAACUCAUGAGUCCCUGGUACUUGCUACUUGGUAAAUUAAAUUUUUGGACAGUUUUUUCUCAAUUUUGGCCACCGUAGCCUACGGAGACUAACAAGCAACGCUAAGCGGUCUUCGUAGUCUAUGGGUGUUGCUAUAUUACGGGUGUCACAUGCGUGUUUCUGACUUAUGAAGUAAUUAUUUUUACUAUGCAACCAAAUGAAUAUUUUGUAAGUUGGCAGCAAUGCACUUAGUUUAAAACUGUAUUCGUUUUGGUUUUGUUAGGUUGGUAGCCAUUAAUCGCAGUAACGUAAUAGCGAUUAAAAGCACAAGAGCUUUUAUGAGGAAUAGACAAUAUAGACUUUUCUUGAAACCUUUUAUGUAUGUUCUUAUAUUCGUGUUAAUGAAUGCAUAAAUGACAGAUAACAGUAGAGGAGUAGGAAAAGAAUAUUAACCGAUAAGUAAGACAUUGUUAAGGUACCCAUAAGUCAUCUCUACUAUUUCCUCUUAUUAACUAUAUUAUGAAUGCUUGGGGUUUUUUUUUUAUUAAAGUUCUAAACAUUAAAUUAAUCGCAGAGUUUCAUAUUUCUUAACUGCUAAGCCAAAGAUGGCUUGUUUACAGCCAGAGUUCGGACUAAUGCACUAUUUAGUUAUGUACACAUGUUACAUUAAUAUUAUUCUAAUGAUACCCUGUUAAUUACGUGAGGGGUUUUUGAUGAAUUUUUCAGCCCCCUCCCCUUGGUGAGAUGUUGUGAGAUUUGUCUCGACCAUCCCUUAAUCUCACGUGAGAUCUUUCAAAUUUUGUAUUUUGAAUAUAAAUGCGUUUGAUGGACACAACACAAUUUGCUUCAUUAUUUUUAUUAAGAGGGUAAAGACGACGGGGACCAAAUCUGUAAUAAGUAUAUCAAUGACUAAAUAAUUUUACAGCUAUUCAUGGAUAAAGAAUAUACAUAAGACAAAUGUGUCAGAUUUUCGCAUAGUCUAGAAACAUGUUUUAUUUUAAAUAAAUCUUUUUUUUAAAUUGAUACACUAUUUUUGGCCGAAAAAAAUUACGUGAUACUUGCCAAAUUCCCUCCUGUCCCCCACGAGAGAUUUAGUGAGAUUCGGAUUCACGCGAAAGUUGGUUUAGGAGUUAAACCUACAGGUGUGCAAGUUCUGGAAUGUUUCCAAAAAGUUCCAAAAUUUCAUUGUGGGUUUACCUUAAUCCCAAACUUGUAAAAAACUGCAUAAUGUAUUCAUACAGGACUAUUUAGCUGAACGUACGUCGUUAGGUGCCUAAGUAUGAACACCCCUUUAGGCAGUCGCUCAUAAGCCCAUGUCGUUUAGCAAUGAAAUGACCUACUUAUUUAUGUUUUGUGGCGUCUUUCAAUUUGGCCGCUGAAAGCACCAAGUUUGUAUACGAGUAGCAUUGUUGCUAGUGACUGGCAGGAUGACUGUGAAAAAAUUGCUUGUAUAGCUUUGUGAACAAUUAGCGCUUCGGAAGUAGGUAAGUAGUUCUCUUUUUAAAAGGUUUUUUUGAAAUCAGUUGUCGUUUGUUUUUUACCCGACGAUGACCUAACUCCAGCUAGAACUUGGCUUUUUCAGCUGCACAACGAAGUACGAAGGUACUAAUUUAGAACUAAUAAUUUAGAACUAACAAUUGUUAAAGUCAAUUGAAGAGAACAUUGCGCAUGUUUCCGUUUAAUAUAUAACUGAACAGUUAAAUUUUUAAAUGAUAUUUGUAUGGGGAAGUAUCCUUCGAGCCGCCAGGUUACGAAUUUAAUUAAAAAACAUAUUGCCUUUACGAUAUUUGGUAAGUGUUAAUAUAAAGUAUUACAAGGUUAGAUAGCUAUCUUUUAUAAAGUUAGGUAACGCUAGACGCAACCUUAUUGACAUUUUCAUUAUUUUAAUUUUACAAUGGAAUUAAAUUAAAUUUUUAGUUUGCGAGUUGUGUUAUUCCUUUAGAAAAAGGUAACCACAGUAAUAAAAUUGAAAACGUGUAAUUUUAUUGACUACUUAUGAUAAUGAAUAUAUGUACUUAAAACUGUUUCAAAAAAUUAAAGAAGCUUUUGUUAAUCGUUGAAUCGGGGUUUUAAAAUUAUUUAAAGGCAAUUCCUUACUAGGUUUAGAUUUGAUGAUUUGAUAGAUACCUCAUUUUUUAACAAUUUUAGGUAAAAAAUCGAAAACGGGUAAAUGUAAUGUAAAGGAGUAAAUAAUAUAUAGUUACUUAACCUGUCCUACAUUCGUAAAUUCACAUAAAAGCUCGUGACGGCAACAAAUCAACAAUGAAAACAUUCCCUGAAGCGUGCAAGCCUUCCAAUUCAGUGUCGUUUCAGUUCGUUUCAGCCGCAGUUGCUCGCGAAUGCCCGGCUACGACCGACAUCCAUGUAAUUACCUAUCACCGUACAUACUACGAUUAUUGUAUUGUAGCCAUGUUUAGUGAAACUCACUAAUGUUUACUUCGCACUCGCAGCGGUUGCGUAGGUAGGUGCAGUGCCGAUGUGUUGUAGGCUUAUGUUAAUGUAACUUCCUGGUCAUUAUGGUGUUAGGUUUCAUGAUUACGUUACUUAGGCAUAUUAUUCUAUGUAAUAGAGGAUACAUAUCAGCUGUUUAUAAUUAUCCUGCAAGAUAAAAUGCUUAACAACGAAGUGCUGCAAUAACCCUAUUUGCCUCUUUCCAUGAACAACCUAAAACUUCUUAAUGCGGUAUUUUUAAGCAGAGGUUUUUUUGGGCCUCAUAUUUCUCAUUUUGAAAUGUAAAUCUAAGCGCUGGAUUAUGUCAUUUGAUUUGACCCGAGCAUGUAGUAACAAUAUUGAGAAUAUUUUUUUUAAAUAAGCAUGAUUUUGAUUUUCGUUUUUCUGUUCUGGAAAUUUAUCUGCAUAUUUUUCGAAAACAAUCCUGUUUUGCCAACCUUUUUUUAUUUAUUUGCAGACUAUUUUAGUAUCUCUAUAUCUAUUCCUACACGCAGCCUUGUCUUUUGUAUUUUCCCAUCUGCCGCCUAUGCACCAGCCUGCACCAUCUGUGGUGUCCCCUAGGUCCCACUCAGCAACAAAUUUGGCAUACCUCUCCAGAUUCAUUACCUAGAAUAUAUUGGUGCACAAAUAAACGACCAUUUUCAUCUUCCAUGCACUGUUAAAUGUUAACUAACCUACUGAUAGAAUUUACAAUUUACAUAUAUCGGAAUAUUAAUAUUAAUAUAUGUUAUUAAUAUUAAUGUUAAUUAAAACAUUUCGAGUCCACAGGAGGCUGAGCGCGCCCACAUCAGGGUCAGCGCGGAGGCGUGCGCGGGAGCGUCGCCAGGCGCAGUUGACUCGCGUGGAGGGUGAGCGCUUGGCGCAGGAGCGAAAAGAACGCGUGAAGAGAGAGAAGUUGGAGCAGCAGCGACAGGCCCGAGCCGAGCUGGCAUCGUACGAGCCAUGGGGCCGAGCCGGCGGAGGCGCGCCCAACGCGCGGAGCCUACGCCGCACGGAUCUGCGUGUCUGGGGCAUCUAUCCUGAAGAUGAACUGAAGGGUGUGGCUUUAUACGAAGCAUGCCGCCGCUGGUCCGGCCGGCGGCGGCGUCGGCGCAUGCCGCUGCGGCUGCGCGAGGACCCGCAGGUCUGCUACGCCGAGAACCUGCGCCGCGCCGUCGACAACGAUAUCCGCUACCGACAGACACCGGACCAGCAGCAGACCUACAGGCGGAUACUUGAUGAUAUGGUCGAUACGCGGAAAAGGGCUAUAAAAGCCGAAAUGAAGAAAAAUCUAGAAUACGAGCGGAAAAUGCAAACCAUGGAUGGUCCCUGGGGGAAACCGGGACCUGGCGGAACUGUAUGGAGGAAUCCACGAGAUGUCGGGUUAAACUUCUCAAAGUCUAUGGGUUGGACCGAUAACGAUCUUUUAAAUAAGUUACAAAGUGAUGAACACAAACGAUAUAAGAGAUCUUCACUGACUUUGCCUAACGUAAAGAGAGAUGAUGAUACUAAAGAUAGGAAUACGCCAGAUAAAGAGAACAAGUCUCAAAGCGAAUUAAAACUUCCUGAUAUUAAUCACACUAAUAGUCCGAAAAGUAAAAAUCAAGAAGUACAGAAAGAGGAAAGUACACAGACCAGCAACGGGCAAGUUGUAAAAAAAGACGAUGGUGUUUCAACAGUUACUAGUAAAGACAAACUAAAGAAGAAGAAAUUUGUAAAGAGGUUACCAAAUGGGGAGAAAAUUAACCGAACUCUGCCUGAGGAAGAACAUGUAGAGAAAAUUGAAAAAGAAAAUGCAACAGAUGUGGGGGAAAAGAAGUUGACACCUGAGGAGACGAUCUUGCGUGCGACAGGUGGUAUUGAGUUGGUGCCAAUCUUGGCGCGGAGAAGGCGGGUAGGCGCUCGCACGCUGCACUCCAGUGACGUCACUAGACCCCCAGAAGACAUGUGCCAAUGGCGGGAACUUCUGAACGAGGAUUAUCUGAGAGAAUUAAAACAUCAAAUAAAGGCCAAAUACCAACGAAAAGAGGAAGCCCGUCAGAACUCGGCUGAGAGCGUGAGGCAGCAUCAAGAGACCUGGGCCUCGCUGUGGGGCCGUCCCGGCCACGGCGCGCCGCAGCAACGCGGGCGUUACGCCCGCAACAACCUAGCACGCCUGCUUAAUGUUGGGCCCCUUACUAAUACUUUUACAUGAAAACAGUGAUGACGAAUUUACCGCAUACCUACAGCUUUAUCAGUGGGAGUAUAGAACCUAAGACCAACACGAAAUGAGAUGCCUGUAUUGGCAAAUUAUUGCGGACGCUACCAUGACCUAGCAUGCCUGCUAUGCGUUGUAAUGCCUAAUGAGUGCAGUCACCAGGAAACGAGCGUUGGUCAAAUGGUCACUUCUUGGCACAGCUGGCAGCUGACUGUUCUGAAGAGUGUAUAAAGCCGUUGGCUCGAGCAAUGAUACAGAUUGUAUUUAUAUGCAUACAUGUAACAACAUCAUAUAGAUAAUAAUUUAGAAGUUCACCCCAUUAUAAAUAAGUUUUUUGUUCAAAUAUAUCAUUCUAACCAACGCAAAUAUAAAAAUAACACUUAGAUACUCGUACAGGGACACUAUUAUCAACAACUUGUUAGAUUUGACAGACGUAUAUGAAUAACGCUAAUAUUAUUUAACAGACAUCACAACACACAACGUUAAAAGCCGAGAUGGUACAACCUAGUUACUCGUAGUUGCAUAGCCUAGCGGUGAUGACGAAUAUUAUCAUACAGACGGACAGUCUGGCACAUUUUAAGUUAUAUAAUUGAAAUAUAAAUGAAUAUCCGCAUAUUUUAUGAAUCUUGCGUUGUGUGUUUUUCACGCCAAUGUUUAUGGGUGUCUUUAAAAAUGAAAUUUGACAAAAAAGGAUUAGCUAAGCUAAUUGAAAUAUCUGGAGACAUAAUAUUCUUUAAUUCCUUGCAAAAUGUUUAUACCGAUAAACCGGACUUACAUCCAAAAAAGUCUCUUCUGUUUCUAAAUUUUAAUAUACAUAUAAGUUUUAGAAAGUCUUAUCAAUAGAGUAUAUCAUUGAUAGAUUUUAUCGGUAACCGGCGACGCAGAAAAUAUUGGACCUUGCCACAGAUGUACAGAUAUGUCUUGGCUGUAGCGUGCAAUUUACUCGUAAUAUUCAACUUGUUUAUAAUGAAUACUUACUUGUCCAUAUUUGUACAAAAGAUUACUUAUAAAUAUUGUAUUUAUUUAUUUAUUUAUUGUCUAUACACC